CUCGCAGCCGGGGACGGCGGCGGCGGCGGCCAGAGGGCUCUGGGCGGCUGGGGCGGAGGUGGCAGCGGCCAGAGCGCCGGACCCCGACCCACACCCAGGUGCGGGACGCGCCCAGUCUCUCCGUCGCUUGCCGCCGGCUCCUGGCAGGUGAAAAAAUAUUCAGAGCCUCAUAAACAGCCCAAGACUCCAAAGAACAAACAUGAACGAUAUUUCCCAAAAGGCGGAGAUUCUGCUUUCUUCAUCCAAACCUAUCCCAAAAACCUAUGUGCCAAAACUUGGCAAAGGUGAUGUAAAGGAUAAGUUUGAAGCCAUGCAGAGAGCCAGGGAAGAAAGAAAUCAAAGGCGAUCUAGAGAUGAAAAGCAAAGAAGAAAAGAACAAUAUAUUAGAGAGAGAGAAUGGAACAGGAGAAAGCAGGAGAUUAAAGAAAUACUUGCUUCUGAUGAUGAGGAAGCCCUGUCUGCUAAGGUGGAAAAGGCUUACGUCCCAAAGUUAAUAGGAACUGUUAAAGGUAAAUUUGCUGAAAUGGAGAAACAAAGACAAGAGGAACAAAGGAAAAGAACAGACGAGGAACGAAAACGCAGAAUUGAGCAGGACAUGCUAGAAAAGAGGAAAAUAGAGCGUGAAUUAGCUAAAAGGGCUGAGCAGAUUGAGGACAUAAACAAUACGGGAACUGAAUCAGCGUCAGAGGAAGGAGAUGAUUCACUACUAAUCACGGUAGUCCCUGUCAAAUCAUACAAAACAUCUGGGAAAAUGAAAAAGAAUUUUGAGGAUCUAGAAAAAGAACGAGAGGAAAAAGAGAGGCUCAAGUGUGAAGAGGACAGAAGAGUAAGAUGUGAAGGACAACUCCAGUCUCUCAGAGAAGCAGCCUGUCUGUCACUGGCCAUGGAGGAUGAAAUGGAAAGUGAGGCAAAAAAAGAAUCCCUUUCUCCUGGAAAACUGAAACUAACUUUUGAAGAACUGGAACGACAAAGACAAGACAACCGAAAAAGGCAAGCUGAGGAGGAAGCAAGGCAGCGCCUGCAAGAAGAGAGGCGAGCUUUCCAAGAAGCAAAGCGGCAGACGGAAAAUGAAGAGGAAGGAAACCCAGACACAGAAACAAUUUCAAAAUAUUGCCCAGGUAAACUCAAACUCAGUUUUGAAGAAAUGGAAAGGCGAAGGAGAGAAGAGGAACAAAGGAAAGCAGGGGAAGAAGCCAGGAGGAGGAUAGAGGAAGAACGGAAGGCAUUUGCUGCAGCCAGGAGAGGCAUGGUAGAAGAUGAUGACUUCCCAGAGAUGUAUAAAACAUUCUCUCAAGAAUCUCUCACACCAGGAAAACUGGAAAUUAAUUUUGAAGAAUUAUUAAAACAAAAAAUGGAAGAGGAAAAACGACGAACAGAGGAGGAACGGAAGCAUAAGCUAGAAAUGGAGAAACAGGAGUUUGAACAACUAAGACAAGAGAUGGGAGAGGAAGAGGAAGAAAGUGAAACCUUUGGAUUGAGCAGAGAAUAUGAAGAAUUAAUCAAAUUAAAAAGGAGUGGCUCUAUUCAGGCUAAAAAUCUGAAAAGCAAAUUUGAAAAAAUUGGACAGUUGUCUGAAAAAGAAAUACAGAAAAAGAUAGAAGAAGAACGCGCAAGGAGGAGAGCAGUUGACCUUGAAAUUAAAGAGAGAGAAGCAGAAAACUUCCAUGAGGAAGAUGAUGUUGAUAUCAAGCCUGCAAAAAAAAGUGAGGCUCCAUUCACUCAUAAAGUGAAUAUGAAAGCUAGAUUUGAACAAAUGGCUAAGGCAAGAGAAGAAGAACAAAAAAGAAGAAUUGAAGAACAAAAGUUCCUACGCAUGCAAUUUGAACAACAGGAAAUCGAUGCGGCACUGCAAAAGAAAAGAGAAGAGGAGGAGGAAGAAGGCAGUGUCGUGAAUGGCUCCACUAUUGAAGAUGAAGAGCAAACUAGAUUAGGAGCUCCAUGGUUCAAGAAACCUCUUAAAAACACAUCUGUUGUAGACAGUGAGCCAGUUAGAUUCACUGUUAAAGUAACUGGAGAACCCAAACCAGAAGUGACAUGGUGGUUUGAAGGAGAACUACUCCAGGAUGGAGAAGACUACCAGUAUAUUGAAAGGGGAGAAACUUACUGCCUUUACUUACCAGAGACUUUCCCAGAAGAUGGAGGAGAGUAUAUGUGUAAAGCAGUGAACAAUAAAGGUUCUGCAGCUAGUACCUGUAUUCUUACGAUUGAAACUGAUGACUACUAGUCCCCUUCUCCCCCUGGAACUUUCUCUUUUUCUCCAACUUUCUCACUAUAUCCAUCUUUUCUGUGGCGGGGCCAAAAAAGGAAACCAGAAGUGCCACUAUGUUGACUACUUAUUCCUUAUCCUAAGUCUUCCAAACACAAGCUCAUCUAAAAAAUACCUUCUUUCUCAAAUGAGCACCAGAUUUACCACCACCUUAUGCAGCAGCAAUAAAAAAAAAAAUGCAUUUAACAGGGGAGAGGGUAGUGGGAAAUUCACCCCACUAUUCUCUCAGAACCUGUCAUAAGGGCCGUGUAUUUCCCAUAAGAAUUAUAGCAACUAUGU